UAAAAACGUGAGGGUAGUAGUGUUUCUGUCCAGUGAUUUUAAAAGCUUUGAAAUACAAUGCUUAAAGAUAAAAAAGAAAUGGGCUCUGCUUAUAUAGAUUGUAUCGAUAAGCUUGCUGCUGCUCAACAGGAGACUGUGGCGGCCACCCCUACCAGAGCGCCCUUCUCAUUUUGGAUGCUGUCGCAGGGCCUUGGAGCAGUCCCAGGGACAGGGAGGCCGCUCGGAGCUCAAUCCUCCCCGGCGAGACGAUGCUCACCCGCGUUUCCCGUGAGGCGACGGGCGCGGGGCCGCGGGAGCUGCGCAACCCUCCCAGUCCCUGGCAGAGCAGCGACGCUAGGGCCGGGCGCGCUCCCGCGGGGCGGCGGACGGCUGUGCGGAAGCGGCGGAGGGAGGCGGCUUUGCGUCGGGCCCGUGGCAGCCGCAGGGUGAGCCGGCCGGGGGCGGCGGGGCACGGCCCAGCUUCUUGCCGGCGGCCGGUUGCGGGCUGAGGCCGGGCUGCUGCGGAGUACCGCGGAGCCUUCGCCUGUGCUUCCCGCCUGGGGGUGUCUGGUGCUUCGCUGCGCUCCCCUGUGCUGCUGGGAGUGCAGGAAGGGCGGGGUUGGUGACGCCUCCGAGAUGGGCCCCGCCUUGCCUGGCGGGGAGGAAACGACCGUUACGUCGCUGCAGGCCUGAGCCUCCGGUGCCUCGGUUUUGCUGGCAGCGCGGAGGGGAGGAAGCGCGCUGAAGUUGGAAAGAGGAGGCAGGAGGCGAGCUAAAGUAAUGCCUUACCUGGUUUGAAGAUCUAAGAGAGAUUUCUUUUUGCAUAAAGCAUAAAAGAAAAUGGAGGAAGAUGAGACUUUACAAGGUGAAACGGAGAGGGCAAAAGUUGAAUCACAUGCUACUCUUGAGAUUGGUCGGCGGGUAUCAGUUAGUGAGUUCCUUUGCCACUGCUGUUAUGACAUGCUGGUCAAUCCCACCACCCUGAACUGUGGGCAUAGUUUCUGUAGACAUUGCCUAGCCUUGUGGUGGGUAUCAUCCAAGAAGAAUGAAUGCCCUGAAUGCAGAGAAAAAUGGGAAGGAUUUCCCAAAGUCAACAUCCUCCUCAGGGAUGUUAUUGAAAAGCUAUUUUCUGAUGCCAUUGAACAAAGAAAAGAAGAUAUUCAACAAAACAGUGAUGUAGCACGCAGCUUAGCAACCUUCCAGAAAUAUGGGAAUGAACAGAUCCCUACAGUUCCGAACACAAGAAGAAUUAAUCCCCGAGGAGGAGGGUUUUUCUCAGGCGUUCUGACAGCUUUAACUUGUGUAGCAGUAGUUCUACUUGGAUAUCACUGGAGUAGCAGAGAAUUUGAAGAAGAUCAUCUUGUCCACAAGCCUGUUGCUAAAUGGACUGCUGAGGAAGUGACACUUUGGCUAGAGCAGCUGGGCCCCUGGGCUUCACACUAUAAAGAAAGAUUUUUAUUGGAGAAGGUGAAUGGAAGACUCCUUCUAACACUGACAGAGGAGGAUUUCACAAAAGAGCCUUACAGUAUAGAGAAUGGUAACCAUAGAAAAGCUAUUAUGGCAGAACUGGAAUGUGUAAAAACUUUAGGCGUUAAACCACCACAAAACCUUUGGGAAUAUAAGGCAGUAAAUCCAGGAAAAUCACUCUUUCUUCUGUAUGCACUGAAGAGUUCUCCAAGACUCAGUAUGUUAUACCUAUAUAUGUUUGAUUAUGCAGAAGCUUUCCUACCUUUCAUUCACACAAUUUGCCCUAUGCAAGAUGACAAGUAUGAAGAUGCUGUUACAAAACUACUAGACCUUAAAGAUCCUUCUUUGAAACAGUGGAGAGAAUUCAUUGUAAAGUAUUUAUUUUUGCCAUACCAGUUGAUAGCUGAAUUUGCUUGGGAUUGGCUGGAUGUGCACUACUGGACAUCAAGAUUUAUAAUUGUAAAUGCCAUGUUGCUCUCUGUUCUGGAAUUAUUCUCCUUCUGGAGGCUCUGGUCAAGAAGAGAACUGAAGACUAUUCCUCACAGAAUGUGGAGACAUUUCUGGAAAGUCUCAACCCAGGGUCUUUUUGUUGCCAUUUUUUGGCCUUUCAUUCCUCAAUUUGUCUGCAAUUGUUUGUUUUACUGGGCCUUGUACUUUAACCCAAUCAUAAACAUUGAUCUUGUGGUUAAAGAAGUAAGGCGUCUGGAGACACAAGUGCAGUGACUGGCAUUGGAACUUUUGAGCUGUUUAGCUUCUUAAAAUGGACACUUAAAAUAAGCUUUGCUUUUCUUCUCUAUAUAUGUGGCACUGAAAGUGGUGGAUUAUGUUAACUUAAACAUACAAAAAAGCCUUAAGGUAAGUUACUCUUAAACCAGCUGAUUCCAAAUCUGAGGAUGGGCUUUAUUAUCCAAAAGGAUUUUUCUAUUGAAAAAAGAAAAUAAAUUAUGUUUCUGAUUUAGCCAUGUAAAACUUUUACAGUCAUGUCACACUAUUUGUAAUCAAAUCAAACUUCUCUAUUCUGUCUUGAGCAUUCUGAUUAUUUUCAAGCCUGCCUUAAAAUCAGUGUCUUCUGAAACAGCUACUGUGAUUUUAAUUUUUAUUUAUUAACUUUUUUAAACUUAGCAUUUCAUACCAGCAAUGUGUUCCUCAAGUUUGCCAAAGGAAAGGUCUUCCUGGAUAGGCUUGAUAUUGAAAGUACUCCAGUGUUCACUGUUAAAUGCACAGUCUCACAGUAGAGUUUGUUCUAAAAUUCCCACUGGUGAAGGCAAAAACUGCUUGAUUUUUUCUUGUCUUUUGGAAAAUGUGAUGAUUGCCAUUGAAAAUUUUUUAUUCAGAUCAGUUAAACUUCAUCAGUAGCUUCUUUAAUGAUCUAUUUUUGAAGUCUUGAUAAUUCUUAAAUUCAGGGUUAUCUCUUAAAAAGGAUUAUUUUGGAAAAGGGACUUGACACUGUAAUUACAUCUUACUGCAAUAUAAUGUGUCUGUCUAGAUCUGUGAGUGAAUAUUGACUAGAAAGUUUUUUUGUGUAAACAGGAUUGCCAUUUGUUUGAAGCAAAAGUUAGAUUUUGCAAGAGCUUUGUCCCCUUGCAUUCUACACUGGUUUGUUGGGGGUUUUUUUGGGUUUGUGGCUUUGUGUUGGUGGGUUUCUUUUUUUCCCAGUUGUAUCAUUAAUAUGAACUUUAAAUUCACCUAUGAAUAUUUUUAAAGAUUAAAGAUCUCUUUUGAAAUUGUCAUCCUUCCUAAAGAGAUGGUUUUGUUUUGUUUUUUAUAUUGAAGUAUUUGCCAUUAGCUUUGACUUGUGCAAACUUGUUCUGUAAUUCUGCAUCUUUAAGUAAGUUGAGGUGGGUGAAAGUAGAAAUAAAACACUCCUGGUUCUUAAACUGUUAAAA